ACUGAGCAGAGCCAAACCUUGGCACAUGGGUGACGCGCCAGGAGAUCUGCAUUGUGGCCUGGUCUGCUAUCCACUUGUUCUUGGAAACAGCGUCAGAGAGCAGCUGAGAGAGGCUUAACGUUUCAAACGUCUGGCGAUGUCCGUUCAGUUGGAAGAAGGCCUGCAGCUGGACAGAACUGCAAAACAUCAUGAACUAAAGUCGGAGGAAGUUGUUGACGUGACAAGUUCUGACGGAUGCGUCUGGAAGCGCACGAGCCCCGGACAACACGCGGAGAAGAAUAAAGUGUGCGCGUCCCCGGAGCGGCAACAGCAGAAAACACGCAAGAUGACCCGGAGUCCCAAAUGCGCCCGCUGUCGAAACCACGGCGUCGUUUCGUGUUUGAAAGGACACAAACGAUUCUGUCGCUGGAGGGACUGCCGGUGCGCGUGCUGCCUGUUGGUGGUGGAACGGCAGCGCGUGAUGGCCGCGCAGGUCGCACUGAGGAGGCAACAGGCGGCGGAGGUGAUGAGAGCGCAAGGCCAGGGUAAGAAGGGGGUCAGGUGUGCAGCUCCUUUGCGGAGGACUGCGUAUCAGCGUUACACCAGAGCAGCCGAGCCGAGCAGCCUCGCUAAGAGCGUCCUGCAGGGUCUGAAACCAUCGGUGCAACUGGAGGACGAUACCUCCUGCUGGUCCAAACAGGCACAGCGCGACCAAAUGCACUUCGCGUGUCCGUCCAUCAGCGCUCGAAUGAGGAAGAGGAGAGCCUUUGCCGACAAAGAGCUGGAGAACGUGAUGCUGGAGCGAGAGCUGAGGCAGAGAGAGCUGCAGAGCGACCUCUCCUUUCCGUCCUCUGCCCUGGUCCCGGUGCUUCACCCUCCACCCCUGCCCAUCUCCCCGAACCUCCACUGCUGCCUCCUUAACAAGGAUCCUACUGUUGCAGCUGGAUCCAGUUAUGUGCCCGUAUAUAAAUAUAAGCCCCUUUACGAGUGCGACUUCCAGCUUUACCAGGUCUUCCACGGUAAGAGCAGGUCGUCCGCAGAAGGUGACUAUAAUGACUACUUUAGCGCGUUAUGUCAGGGCUCGGAGAGAACCAGGGAGGAGGAAGAGGAGCAGAGGAGCAAGAAAAAAGAGGAAAACCAACCAGGACAAAGGCUCAAAAGACACGGUGUUGCUACGUCAAGUUCAGACCUUGUCAAGGAAACUUCAGUAUCUGCAAAAAUAAUGGACUCGAACGGCUCUUCGACAGCCCCGUCCUCUAUUUCUGGAUCAGAUUUUGGUGGUCCAAACAUCAGUUCGGCGAGCAGGAGUUUUGAUCCCAUACUUCUGACAGCUAAGAGUUGGUGCUCAGACACUCCCGCUGUCCAGGCAAGUCCUCACGCUGACUCUAUCAAGAGCCCUCAUGGCACCUCAGGCAGAACUCCUGCUGUGAGGCCAUUACCUUUCUCUGUAGAGGCGCUGCUAAGAGCCUGACAGGAAAAAAAAAAAAAAAAUGGACGC